CAUCAGCUGUUCUCCGCCACCUCUUCCCUAAGCCCUAUUUGCCCAGCUGUGGCUAUUUGAUCUUCUUGAAGGAAGCCUGUAAGACGUAGUAUAAUCUCUGCAUGUCCUUCCGCUGUUAUUUGCGACCUCUUCCACUCAGCCUUAUUUGUCCAGCUGGUGCUAUUUGAUCUUCUCGGGUAGCAAGAGGUGUCUGAGCCUUCGGCCUUUUGACGUAGUCAAAUCAUCAGCUGUUCUUUGACACCUCUUCCACUAAACCCUAUUCGUUCAAAUGUGGUUAUUUGUCCUUCUCGAGUGCCAUGUGUUGUCUGAGCUGCCCAGAUUGCACUGCUCAUCUUAAGUACGACAGGAGUGCUAGUCUGCUUCCAUUUCGCACUGUUCUAAUCAAUUAUACAUUGACUAAAAGAUGCGGAAUUUCAUCCUCUUUGUACUCGUGACCACUGCCUUUGCUGUGAAUCCUGAGGAAAAUGAAGGGGGCCCUGAUCUGUUCGAAGGAGACAUAAAGCUUGACCCUGCUCAGCGUUGGGCGCUGCUGGAUGGCAUGGGCCUAGGCGAGACGGGACUGCGCGGUUCUAUGAUAGGCAAUCAAUGGCCCGGAGGUCUGGUUCCCUACACCAUUGAUGCAAGUCUUAAAAAGUAUUCUGAUAUAGUAUCUGUGAUAAUGGAAGGCAUGCGCGAAUGGUCUUCCAAGACUUGCAUUAAAUUCAAGAAGAGAACGAAUGAGCGCGGCUAUAUCAAUUUCAAGUCGGGUUUUGGCUGCUUUUCCAAUCUUGGUUACCUUGGAAUUAAACAGGAUAUAGUGCUUGGUCAGGGAUGCUGGAAGAAGGGAAUUGUCGCCCAUGAAAUAGCACACGCGCUUGGAUUCUUGCAUGAGCAGUCACGCCCAGACCGUGACCAAUACGUCACUAUUGUCUGGAACAACAUUGCGGACGGCAAAAUCGACCAAUUUAAAAUAUACGGAUCUAUUGACUCCCUGGGAACUCCUUAUGACUACGGAUCCGUCAUGCACUACGCGCCUAGAGCAUUUACCAAGAAUGGACAACCUACAAUUGUGCCGAAGCAAUCUGGUGUUCGGAUAGGGCAGCGGGAAGGUGUUAGUGCAAUUGAUGCCAAACAAAUGGAUCUGCUAUACAAGAGGCAGUGUUCUGGGGGCGGAGACGGUGGAUACUGUUUCGACAAGCAUCAUAGCUGCAGCGAUUUGCUCAAAUACUGCAAAGCGGCCCACAUGGCCAAAUGGCUGAAAACUAACUGCAAGAAAACGUGCGGCCACUGCUGACCGGUCAUGACCAGGCUUCUAUCGAGGUACCGGAAUGCCGUGUCAAGCGCAAGGAUUUUAAUGAUAAAAUGCAAUAUGAUACGAAAAUCGGAUAAUAAAAUUGUUGAUCUGUU